GUCACUGCCUUACACAGUGAUAGAGAGGAGGAGGAGGGAUGGAAAGCGCAUCCUCACAUCUAUCAGGGACUUAGACACCAUCCUGAGUGAAGUGAAGUGAUCACCCUCUACUCACCUGCUCUCACACUAGUGUCCCUCUGUGAUCACAGACCAGGGAGAUUCUCUCUACACCUAUACCAGAGACUUCAAAACCUCUGGAAAACCCACUGGCUAACUCUAUCCUCAGCAGUGUGUAUCUUGUCCUGCUCAUCCUGUGGAAAUACCCAUUGUAACUGGUCUAUGUGGACCUGUUCACGUCUGGAUCUGCUUAACUGAUGUCUCCUCACUAAAACAACACCUGGGAUAUCCAGAAAGGACGAAUCAUAAAAUCCUGGUCUCUUUGAAUUGGACUGGACAUAUCAUAAUCUCAUAUGGGACAUAUCCAACAUGAUGACAAGUAUGUGAAAAGAGAAGAAAGUUAACAUUGCAAUGGGGCCUGCUGCUGUAGUGAUGCCUCUGACUAGUUUUCUGUGAAAUAUGGAGAAAUCUGGUCCGAUGCUGGCCUCUAUUCCCAAUCGCACAGGGGCCAACCUCACAACUGGCCUAUGGGGACCCAACCCCACAGUCCCCGCAGAGGUGGGAGUGGUCACCAGCUCCCAGUCUCAGAUCAAAGAUCUGAUUGGGCUGUUUGCAAUGGUGACCCUUAAUCUCAUCGCCCUAUUGGCCAACACUGGAGUCAUGGUGGCCAUCGCCCGCGCCCCUCACCUGAAGAGGUUUGCCUUUGUGUGCCACCUGUGUGCAGUGGACCUGCUGUGUGCCAUCCUCCUCAUGCCCCUGGGCAUCAUCUCCAACUCACCCUUCUUUGGCACUGUGGUGUUCACCGUGUUGGAAUGCCAGGUCUACAUCUUCCUCAACGUGUUCCUCAUCUGUGCCUCCAUCCUCACCAUCACCGCCAUCAGUGUGGAGCGCUACUACUACAUCGUCCAUCCCAUGCGCUAUGAGGUGAAGAUGAGCAUCAAUCUAGCCAUCGGCAUAAUGCUCCUCAUAUGGGUCAAGUCCAUCCUUCUGGCCCUGGUCACCCUGUUUGGUUGGCCUGCCUACGGGGCCCACAGCUCCAUCGCUGCCAACCACUGCUCCCUCCACUGGAGCCACAGUCGGUUGAGGAAGGUGUUCGCCGUGCUCUUCAGCGUGGUGUGUUUCCUGUUACCUGCCAUUGUCAUCUUUGCUGUCUACUGUAACGUGUACAAGGUGGCGCGCUCAGCUGCCCUGCAGCACGCACCCGCGACAACCACCUGGGCCUCGUCCAACCCAGCCAAACGUGCCAACCGUUCUGACUCCAUCAACAGCCAGACCACCAUCAUCACCGCCACACGCAGCCUGCCCCAGAGGCUGUCCCCUGAGAGGGCAUUCAGCGGGGGUAAGGCUGCCCUCACCCUGGUGGUCAUUGUGAGCCAGUUCCUGCUCUGCUGGCUGCCUUACUUCUCCUUCCACCUGCACUUGUCCUUCAGAUCGUCCCUGCAGAGUCCCGGGGACGUGGAGGAGGCCGUCACCUGGCUGGCCUACUCCUCCUUUGCUGUCAACCCUUUCUUUUAUGGCCUUCUCAACAGACAGAUCAGGGAGGAGUUGGUCAAGUUCCGGCGCUGCUGCUCCUCCGGGCCGGUGGAGCUGGUGGCCUCCAGCCAUGAGGGCUCCUUUCAGGAGAACUUCCUCCAGUUCAUUCAGAGAACCAGCAGCACGGCUGACAAGCGCUCCAGCUGCACCACCUCCAGCCCCAGGAACACUCUGGACCAGGGGAUCAGAAUACCUGGCCAGAUAUCAGAGGAGCAUGGCUAAAAAGAGGACAGUGGAUAGCACACUUAAAUUUGGACUGUUAAUAUGACAGUCAUCGGUACUCAUAGCACCCUGAGUUUUUCCUGAUUAUGUGUCCUGACCAGGAAAACUAUAGGGCCCUGAGAUUUUUCAAGUCAGAUCAUGUGGUUGGUAAAAACUCAAGCCCCUACUCAUAAGCUGUACAUAAUAUGCCUCUGAGUAGGUGUCCAUUAUUUAUUGGUAUGGGAUUCAUUCAGGUAAGGUCUCCAACACAAGACCAGUGUUUUAAUGUGAAAUAUGACAUUAUUAUGACAGAAUUUCAUUGACUUUACCAUUGUUUCAUGACAUGACUAAACCGAAACAUUCUGUUACAGUCUCCAUAUAUACUUCCAUUUAUUUUUUUCAGCUGGUACCAAGGGACCUUCAGAUGAGUUUUGUAAGGCCUGUGGCCUCAACAUCAUGUUCGUUAGUCUCAUCUUUCCAUAGUUUGUAGGCCAAACUGUUGGUACGCUACAGAUGAUUUUGUGAGCAGACCGAUUUUCGGGAUUGUCUCGUGGUCUGACAAACAUCGCUCUAGUUUUGUCACCUUUCACCACAGAUGCAGAAUUGUGAUAUAGGCAGAUCGAGAGGCAUCCAAUCCCAAAACAAACACAUCCCUAGCUUAAAUUGACAGAUUUUUAUGGGGAUUGUUUUAUUAUUACAAUUAGACUGACACAGGGGCGCAGACAUUGACCUUAGGGGGUUAAAGUGUAUGCUUGUUUCAUAAAAUGUUGUAUGAAUUAUAAACUCAGCAAAAAAAGAAAUGUCCUCUCACUGUCACCUGCGUUUAUUUUCAGCAAACUCAACAUUUGUAAAUAUUUGUAUGAACAUAAGAUUCAACAACGGAGACAUAAACUGAACAAGUUCCACAGACAUGUGACUAGUCCCUGAACAAAGGGGGGGUCAAAAUCAAAAGUAACGGUCAGUAUCUGGUGUGGCCACCAGCUGCAUUAAGUACUGCCGUGCAUCUCCUCCUCAUGGACUGCACCAGAUUUGCCAGUUCUUGCUGUGAGAUGUUACCCCACUCUUCCACCAAGGCACCUGCAAGUUCCUGGACAUUUCUGGGGGGAAUGGCCCUAGCCCUCACCCUCCAAUCCAACAGGUCCCAGACGAACAGUAUGGCUGGUGGCAUUGUCAUGUCAGGAUGAGCCUGCAGGAAGGGUACAACAUGAGGAGGAGGAUGUCUUCCCUGUGAUUGCCUGCAUUGACAACAAGCUCAGUCCGAUGAUACUGUGACACACCCCCCCAGACCAUGACGGACCCUCCACCUCCAAAUCGAUCCCGCCCCCAGAGUACAGGCCUCGGUGUAAUGCUCAUUCCUUCAACGAUAAACGCAAAUUCGACCAUCACCCCUGGUGAGACAAAACCGUGACUCGUUAGUGAAGAGUACUUUUUGCCAGUCCUGUCUGGUCCAGCGACAGUGGGUUUGUCCCCAUAGGCAACGUUGUUGCACGUGAUGCCUGGUGAGGACCUGCCCUACAACAGGUCUACAAGCCCUCAGUCCAGCCUCUCUCAGCCUAUUGAGGACAGUCUGAGCACUGAUGGAGGGAUUGUGCAUUCCUGGUGUAACUCGGACAGUUGUUGUUGCCAUCCUGUACCUGUCCCGCAGGUGUGAUAUUGGGAUGUACCGAUCCUGUGCAGGUGUUGUUAUACUAGCGUCUGCUAAAUGGCAUAUAUUGUUACACGUGGUCUGCCACUGCGAGGACGAUCAGGUGCCGUCCUGUCUCCCUGUAGCGCUGUCUUAGGCGUCUCAAAGUACAUACAUUGCAAUUUAUUGCACUGGCCACAUCUGCAGUCCUCAUGCCUCCUUCCAGCAUGCCCAAGGCACGUUCUCACAGAUGAGCAGGGACCCUGGGCAUCUUUCUUUUGGUGUUUUUCAGAGUCAGUAGAAAGGCCUCUUUAGUGUCCAAAGUUUUCAUAACUGUGACCUUAAUUGCCUACCAUCUGUAAGCUGUUAGUGUCUUAACGACCGUUCCACAGGUGCAUGUUCAUUCAUUGUUUGGUUCAUUGAACAAGCAUGGGAAACAGUGUUUAAACCCUUUACAAUGAUGAUCUGUGAUGUUAAUUUAAUUUUUACAAAUGAUCUUAUUUUGCUCAGUUUAUAUUCUGAAAUAACAUUUAUGGACGUGUUUACUCAUGUUUCCAAUGAACAGGAAAAAAGGUAUUGGAAUACUUUCCUAUUUUAAAAUUGUACAGCAGGAAUGUAAAGCUUCUAAUUAACUUUCUCUCAUUAACACAUUAUUUAAAUAAAGCAUAAUUACAAGAGUAACAACAAUAGAUUUAUCUUUUCUAAUAAUUACAAUAAUUAAAACCAUCUCACAGUGAAAAACUGUGUAUCAUGUGCAAGUAUAUAUUAAUGCAAGGGAUAGAAGGUAAAACUAGUAUAAAACAUCAAAACAGCAACAUGGAGAUUUAAAAAUGGAACCAUCCACCAUGAAGCUGAGGUAUGCCUUAAAUGUCGUCUGUGCCUGUCGUCAUGGAAAUGCAGUGAGGCAGUAGGCAGGGAGACAGCAACAAGGUCCUCUGCUGCAGUGCUGGAUGCUAGGCUUUUGAUCCAGUUUGGGAGAGCAUAGAGCGAAAGAGAGAGAGGCCUGAACCUGCUCUUCACAUUACACAGGCUGUGUGUCUCAUUACCCACAGCCUAUAGCUACAGACAUACAGAAUGACAGAGCUUAUUAUCAUCUGAAUAAAGCCAGUGAAAAAGACAGGCCAGCAUGAGACUUCUCAGUGAUUGAAUCUACCUGACUACAUAUAGUAGCACUACUGAAGAGCUCAGUGACUUUCAACUUGGAACAGUCAUAGGAUGCCACCUUUCCAACAAGUCAGUUCAUCAAAAUUCUGCCCUGCUAGAGCUGCUCCGGUCAACGUAAGUGCUUCUUAUUGUGAAGUGGAAACAUCUAGGAGCAACAAUGGCUCAGCCGGGGUGGUAGGCCACACAAGCUCACCGAAUGGGCCGCCGAGUGCUGAAGCAUGUAAUGUGUAAAAAUCGUCUGUACUCAGUUGCAAAACUUACUAGUUCCAAACUGCCUCUGGAGGCUGUUAUAACAGAAAAGGGGGGACCAACUCCAUAUUGAUGCCCAUGAUUUUGGAAUGAGAUGUUCGACAAACUUUUGGUCAUGUAGUGUAUUUCAUCUGUUAAAACAUGGUUAAAUUAUUUAUUUAAAGGUAGACUCAGCAAUAUUACAUAGAUGCAUUAAGUAAACAGCAUAGUAGGUCAAUUUCCGGAACAACUAAGAGCGUUGAACAGGCGCAACUUCUCCGCUGUUUUGGUUGCCUGGCUACCACACUGUACCAACGUGAAGUGAACCCGUGCACAUGCGAAGAUACUGUGUAUGACGGUUUGUGAGUGCAGUCUUUCAUCUCACUCAUCUCAAUAUCUGCGGUGCUGCUUGUGGCAAUGUCUUUUCGCUGAGUCUAUCUACCUUUAUGUACAUUAUUUAUUGAAAUGUCUUUUAAAAUGCCAGUCCAAUGCAUCCGGGGAUCAGACAUACACACUGGAGAUCUACUAAUGUGUCUAAAGGUUGGAUAAAGCAGAUGUUCCCUUAAAUCACCCGGGAAGCCAAAACUGGUAGGGGGUAAUGUGCUCAGAGCAAAUUCAAACAGAGUUGUCUAUUUGAACCUGUAGUCAGCUGGAGGUCCUGGCCCAAAGCCCCUCUCCCUGAUGAUCUACAAAGAUGAUGUAGAGUAGUGUCCACAAAGGGCUGCCUGCUAGCUUAGUAGUUGUAUAAUUCAAUGUUUCUAUAUGCACAUUACUUAAUUACAGUGCCUUCAGAAAGUAUUCACACCCAUUGACCUUUUCCACAUGUUGUUGUUUAGUCUGAACUUAAAAUUGUUUAAAAAUAAUAACAAUGUGUCACUGGCUUACACACAAUACCCCAUAAUGUCAAAGUGGAUUUAUUUUUAUUUUUUAUGUUUACAAAUUGAUACAAAAUAAAAGCUGAAAUGUCUUGA